UUCCGGUUCCGGUUCUUAUCGGUUCUUAUCGGUUCCGGUUCCGGUUCCGGUUCCAAUCGGUUUCAUCGGUUUCGGUUCUAAAACCGGAACCGGUAUCGGUUAAAACCGGAACCGGUGCAACCCUAUGUAGGACAUAAAAGAGUACAGAUAUAACAGUAAUUCUAAGUGUAAAUGUAGUAUUUAAUUCAUUCAGAUCUUUUUUUAACUCAAAUGUUCAGUUUUUGUGCAUUAUUCUUUUAGUAAUUAGAUGAAGUUUGUAUCAAUGAUUUCAACAAGGUGAUAGCAAGAAUACUAUUUUAUAUGUACGCAUCCGACUAAAAGUCUACAAAUUGAUACUUUAUUGCUUUUGUGAAAGUUAUAUUGGUUGUUGCAGAAAUCGAUGAUUAUAAGUUUUAUAGUCAAAUUGAACGAUCUCUGCUUCUCUAUUAAAAAUGCUGAGAGUUGUUUUUUAGUUUUCUUAAAUAUUCUAUCUUGUAGGAUAUAUUUUACUUUCACAUUAACUUGUAAAGAGCUCAGUCAAUUAGUUUUUCUUAUUUAUCGCCAUUUGAAUAGUUCAUAUAAAACUAGUAUAAACAGAAAAAGGUUAUUUCGAAAGUCCAAUUCUGAGAAUAUGUAUCGAACUCGGUUAAGCACUUUUAUUGAGAGUGAGAAAGACUGCUGCUCCUUUUAUAGAUAUCUGAUUAUAAAUAAAACACAACCCAAUUAAAUGAUAAUAUUAUUUAUGAGCGACCUGUACAGAAUUGUAAGGUUUAACAGAAUGCAUUGUGACAAAAACAAAAGAACCUUAUCGCAUUCAAAUGAAAUCAUAUAUUAGAAUUUGUCUGCAAUCUAACUUAAGUCUGAAACUUAUUAAGUGCAAAACAAGUAAAGAGCACCAAAGAUAACAAAAACACUUGACUGAAUUCGACCUAUCCACAUAAUGGCAAUCUUCAAGCAAUGAAUUACAGUUGUAAGUCUCGUCAAAUUCUUAACAAUAAGCAUAAAAAAAUACAGUCGAACAUUUUUAUAGUUUAUAAAAACCGGCGAUUAUCAUUUUUCAAAUCUUUUGUGAAAGCAUCAAACACUUACUUUUCCUGUUAAAACUUCUAACUAACAAGUCAAAUUUAAAUGUCGUAUAUAUACUUCAUUGUGUAAUUCAAAAUCAUUUGCUGACAACGUAUCAAAUAUUUGUUUUUGGCGUUAGAACUUCCAACUAACAAGUCAAAUUUAAGUGCCGUAUAUACCUUCAUUGUCAAAUUCAAAGUCACUCGCUGAUAACGUAUCAGAUAUUUGUUGUUAGUGUCAAAACUUGCAUUUAACAAGCUAAAUCAAAGGACAUAUGUGUCAAUGUUGGUAUUUGUUCUAUUGUAGUUAAUAUACACGCCUGUAAUAUCCUAUUGCGCUCAUGCACACUGAUGAUCAUCUUUGUUUAUACAUCACCUUAUUUCUCGUGUUCUCUCUGUGUCUGCGGGUAUGAGUGCGUGGAUGUGGAAUUUGACAGAUUAUCUACAUCCAACAAUCAGACCCACGUCGACAUCCAUACACACUCACAGUCAAAACCGAGUAGACUUAGGAGAAAUUCACAUUUUUUCAUGAAUUUUUUUCAGUGGAAAAAUGUGGUCCUGGUUCCGCUCAGAGAUGGAUCGAAAAAUGGAUUUUAUCAAAACGCUGGUUUUAUUAGUAAAUCAUCUGCUAUUGCCGGUUCCAAUAUCGUUCUACAACCUUAGAACUUGAUUCCAACCAUUGAAAACACUUUCUCUAUGAAAUUCAUUUUUUGACCUAUCCCAAGGAUGACCGAAGGCGAAGGGUUCAACGAAAAAUAAAAGUCAUGAAAACGGGGUGGAUAUACGUUUGCGUGGGUGUAGGUGUAUGGGUGUGAAAAAAGGGUAGAUGUGGGUGUGGGUGUGGACAUGUGGGUACGGGUGUAGGUAUGUGGGAUUGGAUGUGAGUAUGUGGGUGUGAGUGUGGUUGUAAUUGUUAUCUUUAACUGCACCACACCCACAUCCACUCACACCCGCCCACACCCACACCCACCCCCACCCCCACCCCCACCCACACCCACCCACACCCACACCCCACACACACCCACACACCCACACCCACACCCACACACCCACACCCACACCCACACCCACACCCACACCCAUAAACCUCUGGAAGAUACAUAACUUCGUUAGAUGGAUAGUUCCUAGGAACAAGAAACAGAAAUGUGUAUUGGAAAUGAGAUGAAUGAAGGAACAGACAAACGACUCGUUUAGUGAUAGACUAUUUUGAUGAAACAAAAUAAAACAAUAUUUUUAAAUUCUCAUAGUCAUCGUCUAUCCUUAUCAUCAAAUUUCUAAGAAUUCAAGUUAGCCGAUAUUUUUUUGAUUCCAUAGAAUGCAGCUACAUGUCUCACUCCUAUUGACUAUCUUUCUGGAUAAAAUCACUCUUUCUUAAAAAAUUUAUUCCCAUUCUCGUCUCUAUAUCAUGUCUCCUCUUAUUGUGACAUUUAUUUUUCUCUAUUUUAAGUACCACUGCGAGCACCUGCUAUUGCCAUUCAUCCGAAUGCAAAAUGGGCUCAGAAUGGUCUCACUGUAGCUGGAGGAAAUGGACAAGGUAAUGGAAUGAAUCAACUCUUUUAUCCAUAUGGUUUGUAUGUCGAUGAUGAUCAAACGAUUUAUGUUGCCGAUACUUCGAAUCAUCGUAUUGUGGCAUGGAAACUUGAUGCAACAAGUGGCCAAGUGGUUGCCGGUGGAAAUGGACAAGGUAAUGGUGCUCAUCAGUUAAACUAUCCUCAAGAUAUGAUUGUCGACAAAGAGAAAGAUAGUCUCAUCGUUUGUGAUUUGAAGAAUAAAAGAAUAGUUCGAUGGCCUUAUCGAAAAAAUAUGAGUGGAGAAACAGUCAUCUCGAACAUUAGUUGUGUAGGCUUGACAAUGGACGAGAAUGGAUUUCUCUAUGUCGCUGAUAAGGGAAAAUAUGAAGUGACACGAUAUAGAAUUAAUGACACUGAAGGAACAGUAGUUGCAGGUGGCAAUGGAUUUGGAACUCGUUUCGAUCAACUUUCUACCCCUGAAUACAUAUUUGUCGAUCGAAACUAUUCAGUGUACGUGUCUGCGUGGGGAGAAAAUCGUGUAAUGAAAUGGAAAGAAGGUGUAAAACAAGGCAUUGUUGUAGCUGGUGGUGGCGGAACUGGAAAUAGGCUUACACAAUUGCAUUUUCCUCGCGGACUCGUUGUCGAUCAAUUGGGUACUGUCUAUGUAGCCGAUACAGAGAAUCAUCGGAUCAUGCGUUGGCCAAAAGAAGCUACACAGAGAAGUGUAAUUGCGCAUGGAAACGGUCAAGGAGAACAGCCAAAUCAAUUAUAUGGUCCCGUUGGUUUAUCAUUCGAUCGAGACGGCAAUCUCCAUGUCGUCGAUAAUGGAAAUCAUCGAGUACAAAAAUUUUCAAUCGAACAGUCAAUAAAUUAA